AUGUGGACCAGCUGUGCCACCCACGGUUACAUCACCGUCACAGGGCAUUACAUCACAGACGAGUGGGAUCUAAAAUCAUGCAUUCUUGCCACUAGACGCGUGGAGGAUCGCCAUACAGGCGAGAACAUCGCUGAUGCCUUGGUAUCCAUCCAAACGGAGUUUGAAAUUGAGUAUGUUUGUGGUCUGACAACAGACAACGCAAACAAUAUGACUGUGGCGGCAAGGGCAACUGGCUUCCCACACGUGCGAUGUUUCGCACAUACCCUGCAGUUAGCUGUCCAUGAUGCACUGAAAUUGAAUGCCAUUGACAACGUGAUUAUUCACGCACAAAAACUGGUAAGUUAUUUUUCGAAAUCUGUCCUAGCUACACAGGAGCUUGAAGAUGUACAGAAGCGUCUUGGCAAAACGGUGAAGCACGUAGUCACUGAUGUUCCAACGAGAUGGAAUUCUGUAUAUUUCAUGUUUGAGAGGCUAAAUGUGUUGCACGCAUCAAUUGUAGCAGUUCUUCAUGAUGACAAAUUCAAGAAACAAAAGCAUCUCAACCUCAAAGACAACCAAUGGCGUCUCCUCGAACAGUUGAUAGUUGCACUCAAACCACUUGUUUCUGCAACAGAGGUGUUGUGCAGCGAGGAGUUCCCCACUGCUGCUGGAGUUUAUCCACUGGUGUUUGCCUUAGUCACAAAACACCUAAUUCCGUCGGAUUUGGACACUCGCAUUGUGGCUGACAUGAAAACAACUUUAGCAGAUGGACUUAAAUCCCGCCUUGUGACAGCUGACUUCUGGCUAUCCCCAACCAUGACGGCCACAGCACUGGAUCCGUGUUUCAAAAAUCUUCGCUUUCUUAAUGAAGAACAGCGGAGAGGAACACGAGAACAUGUUGUUACACUCUUGAGGGAAACAUCUGGAGAAGGUCAAGAACCCCCUCCUUCCACCCCACCAGCUAUCGAACAAGUAACUGUCAAGCAGGAACCAGUGUCACCAAUGAAAAAAAACAAGUACUGUGAAACAGAAAAGGCUAUGAAUUUCCUGUCCGGAGACAUAAUUGAGAUUGCCGAUGACCAGAACGCUGACUUGUCUUCAAGAAAUGCACAACAAGAGUACGAGGAUUUCCUUACUUCUGCAGCAAAGGUUUCUAACUUGCAAGCAGGCAAACCAUUCAGUUUAAGCUGGUGGAAAGAAAACAAACACUGUUUCCCAAGAGUUGCAACCCUUGCACAACGUUUCCUCUCUAUUCCAGGCACUAGUGUACCAUCAGAGAGGGCAUUUUCUGCAGCCGGGCUUACAACCACACAACAGAGAGCUUAA